GACUUAACAGACAUUUAUUUUAAUGAAAAUCUUCGAGAUUAUUACUUUAAAUUGUGCUAUAUUACAAGUUACAUAAACUGGCUCAUAAUUUUGGCAAUUGUUAUUCAUCACUUGCAUGAAAAUAGAAUUGAUAAAAAUGUAAAUGUAUGUUCCAUGUAAGAGUGACUAAAUAAAGUACAGAUCGUGACAAUUCCAUCCUUGAAAAAAUGUUGAGACUACAUGAGAAAAAUAAAUACAUAAAACAAUGUAUCUAUUAACAUUAAAUACCUUUAAAGCAUGAUUUGUCAUUUUGUAUGUAUUUCCUAAUUUUAUUUUUUGGUGUGAUGGUGAUUUUUCCUUUGCAUGUUCAGAAAACUGCCAAAAAAAAAAUAAAAAAAUAAUUUGCAUGUGUGUUCUAAAUCAAGUUCAGGAAAUGUUUACUCUAAAUAUGACAACUAAUUUAAUACAUGGAAAUAUGAGGCAAGCGUGGCACUGUUAUUUCCACAAAUUCCAGCGACCCAAUUGGCUUAUAUUCUAUUAUAUUAUAUUAUUAUAUUAUAUUAUAUUAUAAGAAACACCCUUAUGCGCAUACACGACAAAUUUACUUCCAUUUUUUAUUUCUGACAUUUAUUUUACUUGUCUAUACGAAUAGCAUUUGUGGUUGAGGGGGAGGGCAAUGGGGUUCGUCACGGUGGUUAAUCUUUUCGUUUAACGUGUCAUGGUAGGAAACGAAAUUCACCUCGUCAGACGGAGGCACAACUGUUUAAUUUCGUUUAUUGCUUCCGAAUUUACUUCCAGUAAUCACUCAUUUCAUUCAAAAGGUGUUCUGGUAGGUUCACGAGGUGCUGUAGUAGCCUACGUUUGAAAGACGCUUCAGAAAGAAACAGGUUGUCAUUACUGCUUACAACAUGGAACCACUAUCUGUCUAUCACGGAGCUAUCACCAAGGACGCCACAGAGAGACUUCUCAGUUUAUCGGGAAAAGACGGCAGCUUCUUAAUACGAAACAGCGAGACCAUACCUGGAGUUUAUUGUCUUUGCGUAUUGUUCAAUAAGUGUGUGUACACCUACAGGCUACAUCGAACUCCAGGAGAAGCCUGGAUCGUAGAGUCCUCUCCCGGAAGCCAGAAACGCCUCUUUCGGAAUGUGAAGAAUCUGAUUGCUGCCUUUGAGAAACCAGACCAGGGCAUUGUCAUGCCGCUGCUCUACCCUGUCCAUGCCGAAAAGCAGUCAUACCAGCUAAAUGGAAGAUGAUGCUCAUUGGGCUGUACAUGUCUUUUCUUGAACUUAGAUUUUCGUGGCUUGUGAAGUUUGUAUUGCCAAGGCCUUUUUGGGCAUUGUAAAUGUGUAAGAUGCUGAAAUAUGUAUUUGUCCAAAAUCUAAAUUAGAUUUAAUCAAUAUGCAUCAGUCUUAAAAGUAAAAUAAGACUCUUGCAUGGAAACAUUGUUUUUUCAUCACAGUUGCACAGUGUGUCUACAAGAUGAAUGUGUUAUUUUACUAAUCAGGUGAAUGCACUUCUGUUUCUCCUACAUUCUAAUUGGCUCUGGAUCACUUUUAACAUUAAACAAAAUUCAUUAUCGUUAACUGAAAUAAAAGUGAACGGCCUCAUUUAUAAAAUUAUUUUGGAAUUAAAAUAUAAGUAUAAUAUUGUAAUAAGUAUAAUAUAAAAUAUUGUACACUUAUAUACUAAAUCAUAUCAUAAACCGAUGUAUAAGAUGUCUAUUUGUGCAAAAUGUUCCUAAAUCAGUUUUAUGCUUGAUCCACUUAAAAUGUAAUCACAAAUCAUCCUAAAAUUGUGUGCACCUGAACAAGAUUGUCAACAAGCUUAACACCCUCAAAUAUAUUUAUUUGUUUGUGUUUUCUGCCAUAUACUUGUGAAACCAUUGUCACAUGAUAUCACAUUAAUAUUUUACAUCUUUCUUUCGUAUUUAUUUUUUUGAUAGUUUACAGCAGUGUACAUGUUAUACAUUUAAGUAUUGCAUAGUUAAUAGUUACAAUUAUUAUUUUUUUAAUGGAGUUGUCACUGACAACCAUCAAUUCAAGUCUUCUGUUGCUCAUUCUCAACAACAUUUCUGUAUAACAAUUAUUGACAUGUGAUGUAUAUUUAAUUUGUCUGAAUUUAAGCAGUUCUAUAAAGAAGAGUGGGCUAAAAUUACUCCACAGUAAUGUGAAAGACUGCUAUCAAAUUUUAAGAGGUGUUUGGUUGCAGUCGCUACUGCUGAAGGUGGUGCAACCGGUUAUUAAGUCCAAGGGGGCAAUUACUUUUUCACAUGGGUGAUAUGGGUGUUUAAUAACUUUUUUAAUUAAAUAAUUUAAA